UACAACAUUUAACGUUCUUCAACAUAAAGUCAGAACUAUCAUUUUCUUUCGGCGUUGUUGAUUUUUAAACUGUCGAGAAUGCCUUUUCUAGGACAGGAUUGGCGGUCCCCGGGUCAGAGCUGGGUUAAAACUGAAGAAGGAUGGAAAAACUAUUCUUUAGACGAAAAAAACAGCAAUGACUCAGACGUGAGCUAUUGUAAAACAGAGGACGAAUGCUUCCAGGAGAAUCUGCGGCUGUCUGUUACAUACGACAUGGCAGCCAAGAAGAGAAGGAAAGACUGCAUGAACAACAACGCAAAGAUUCCCUAUUUCCACAAAGAGAAAUGGAUUUACGUUCACAAAGGAAGCACUAAAGAGCGUCAUGGUUACUGCACUCUGGGAGAAGCGUUCAACCGGCUGGACUUCUGCAGCGCCAUCAAGGACAACCGGAGGUUCAACUAUGUCGUACGGCUGCUGGAGCUCAUUGCCAAGUCCCAGCUGCCCUCGCUCAGCGGAGUGGCUCAGAAAAAUUACAUGAACAUCCUGGAGAGAGUGGUGCAGAAAGUCCUCGGUGACCAGCAGAAUGUUCGGCCCAUCAAGGAGCUCCUUCAGACCCUGUACGUGUCUCUGUGUGGCCUGGUGCAGGAUAUGGGGAAGUCUGUUCUGGUGGGGAACAUCAACUGUUGGGUCCAUCGCAUGGAGAACAUCCUGCAGUGGGAACAACAGCUAGACAACAUUCAUAUCAACAGGCCUGUGUCUAAGGGUAUGACCCUGACAGACCUGCCUGCCAGCCUGCAGCUGAACAUCAUGGAGCGUCUGUCAGAUGGCAGGGACCUGGUCAGUUUGGGACAGGUGACUCCAGACCUGGGACAACUCACUGAGGACAGGUUGCUGUGGAAGAGGCUCUGCCAGUACCACUUCACUGACAGACAGAUCCGUAAGCGUCUGAUGGUGUCAGACAAGGGCCAGUUGGAGUGGAAGAAGAUGUACUUUAAGCUGUGUCGCUGCUACCCUGUCAGAGAGCAAUACAGUGAAACCCUGCAGUUCUGUACACACUGCCACAUCCUCUUCUGGAAGGAUACAAACCACCCUUGCACAGCCAACAACACAGAGAGCUGCUGUAAGCCUGUUUCUCCACAAGGCUUUAUCAACCUCUUUAAGUUCUGAGAGCCACACGGAGCCCGAGUGACUUUUGUACAUACGGUACAGAACUGCUUUAUAGAGAGAUCAAAUGGAUUCAAACAGGCCCUUAGUAUGUGUAUAGUGGUGAUGGUGCAUUUGAUUCCUGGUCACCGUGACACUGGGGGAGAGGAAGCAGUGGGGAAAUGAUGCAAUCGAAUUCUUGGCUUCUGGAGAGCUGAGGAUUCUGGGAGCUGGAGUUCUACAGCUGAGAACAAGUGAACUUGACAAACUGAUCCGAAGAGAGGUGGAACAAGAAGAGGGGGAUGAGGUGGAACAGAGUACUCAGAAGUUUUAUUAAAUAAGUUUGGUCCUUUUUUAAAAUUUAAAUUCAAAUUAAGUGCACUUCUCUUCCUGAGUGCAGUUAUUGCAUGGCUACCAUAACAGCAUACUAAGUUGAAACAUUUUCCAGAAAGGAAAUCAUUUGCAAAAGUGAAUUUGUUUAGUUUUAAAUAGGGCUGUCAAACGAUUCAAAUAAUAAAUAGAGUUAAUAGCAUUAAUCUUUUUAAAAAUGUUUCAUUAAAUUUGGCCCUAAAAAAAAAAGAGAAUUUAAAAAAAAGCAGUGCAUUGAGUUAUAGACCUACUAUGUUUGGAUUGUAAGGGAAAGAGACAAAAUCAUCUGUAUGAAUGUUUUUAAUGGCAUUUUAAACUAUAAAAGUCACUGCGAACAUAGAUGUUAACGCUCCCAAUGUUUCAGUAGGCCUCUACUCCCUCUUAUCAAUGUUCUUGAAGUUUAACACUUCCUCAUUUACCACACACACACUCACGUCCUGAAAGCUUCAGGCAUUCCAAAAUGAGUGUUCUGCCCAUUUCUGAUUGGAGUGUUGACUAAAAGGAAAAUAGAACUGUAUCCAUGGAGACAAAGAGCUUUUAAACCUGCCCAAUGUUAAUUAACAACCGAUCAGACAGGUCUGAGGUCAUGUCAAAUAUAAUACAACUAUUAGAUCUAGCCUAGGAUACUGAUCUAUGUUCUUCAACACCAACUAGUCACAAGCUGCUACUAGAAUUGGGAUACUUUUCUGAACUUAACUUGAAAACUAAAACAGUAACGUUAGGUAAAUGGGAUGGAUUUCCUGUUUUUGUGGGAAGUUAGCUAGUUGAAUCAAGAUGCAAUCAGGCAUGGCAUUGUAAACAUUUUAGUUUGGUUAGCUAGCUAGCGUUAGCAUAACUAAGCUAACCGCUUUUGUACAAAUUAUGUUUUUGCUGUUAUCUAAAGAAACGCCUGGGAAUGUGUUUAUGGUUGAACUUCAUGUCAGUUUUCCUUUUAACUGUUGUUCAAAGCUAUGCGCGUCGGGCACCACAAGAGCCCGACAGCGCUACUGAGACCGAGGUCACACUGACUGAGGUGACCAGGCACAGAGCGUGUUGUGUGUUGCGCUUAAAACGGUCCGUGCGGAAACAAGUCCUCAAAAGGGUCCGUGUGGAAACGAGCGCUCAGAAGGUUCCGUGUGAUGAAGAAAUUGAGACUAACGGUGUCCAAUUUGAGUUUUUACGGAAUUACAAAUGUCACGCGUUAUUUAACGAGUUAACUUUGACAGCCCUAGUUUUAAAACAUAAUGGCUUUCAUUUUCUAAAAGGAAAAAGGUAGGGGAAUAUAUUAACUGAUUUGAAGUUUGUAAGUAGUUUGGUUAAAUUUCAAGGACAAACAUUUUCAACGUUUUUUUAUGUAUUUGCCUUUUUUGGUAAUCUGGGAAAAGGUGAGAGAAUCCGGCUUUAGCUUUGGCAUUUUGGACACAUUUUGGGAGAAUGUUAUUUUUUUUACUAAGGUGUUUUUCACCAAAGUUGACUGGUAUGAUAUUCUUUGAUAUGUUGACUGGUAUGAUAUUCUUUGAUAUGUUGACUGGUAUGAUAUUCUUUGAUAUGUUGACUGCAUAUAUUUUCUAAACACAACCCCAUCCCCUUUUUUAAAACUUUUAUAUUUACAAAGGUUUUUGUAUUUUGCUUGUGUGUAGUCACUAGCUGCCAAUGCUUUACCAACCAUAUUACAAAGACACUGAAUAAUAAUAAUAGCUAUGGUGUUGUGCCCAUGAGCAGCUGGUUAAGAACAAAAGUGGGAUGUUUUCAGAUUCUUGUGUUUUUAACUUUUUAAUCUAGGAGACAUUUAUUUACAAGAAGAACUGACAUGGUACUGAAGGAGCAGCUUUGAAAACCAAUAUUUUAAAAGCUUGAAGGACUUCUUUUUAUUUAAUAAUUCAUAACUUGUUUAUUUAUGGCUUCCUGCAUGAUGAUGCUUUUUUUUUAAAUACCCAGAUGUUUUUCUAAAUGAUUUGUGUGUCUGACAUAUUGAAUAACCUGUGUUGAUGGGUAGAGGAAGCAUGAUGGAACAGCCUGUUGGUGGGUAUAGGAAGCAUGAUGGAACAGCCUGUGUUGAUGGGUAGAGGAAGCAUGAUGGAACAGCCUGUUGGUGGGUAUAGGAAGCAUGAUGGAACAGCCUGUGUUGAUGGGUAGAAGAAGCAUAAUGGAACAGCCUGUGUUCAUGGGUAGAGGAAGCAUGAUGGAACAGCCUGUGUUGAUGGGUAGAAGAAGCAUGAUGGAACAGCCUGUGUUCAUGGGUAGAGGAAGCAUGAUGGAACAGCCUGUGUUGAUGGGUAGAGGAAGCAGGAUGGAACAGCCUGUUGAUGGGUAGAGGAAGCAUGAUGGAACAGCCUGUGUUCAUGGGUAGAGGAAGCAUGAUGGAACAGCCUGUGUUGAUGGGUAGAGGAAGCAUAAUGGAACAGCCUGUGUUCAUGGGUAGAGGAAGCAUGAUGGAACAGCCUGUGUUGAUGGGUAGAGGAAGCAUGAUGGAACAGCCUGUGUUGAUGGGUAGAGGAAGCAUAAUGGAACAGCCUGUGUUCAUGGGUAGAGGAAGCAUGAUUGAACAGCCUGUUGAGUGGUGCAAUCUUGCCUCUGCCUGCGUCCCAAAUGGGACCCUACCACCUCCCUACACAGUGCACUAUAUGAGCCCUGGUCAAAAGUACUAGUAUUCCAUUUGGGAUGUAGUCUCAGACCCCUAUUCACACUGCCUAGGCAGUAGAGUAAUGUCUAAUACAUGCAGUGUUUUCUAUGUCCAUGUUUCUGUUCAAUAAAUAAAACUGAAAAUA